AUGGAACAGGUAAUCGUCUGUCAAAUGAGGUCUGUCUCACAGUUUUCCAUCAAUGUACAGGUAUGUAACAAAAACAUAACAGCAGUGGUAGAUACAGCAGCACAGGUAACAAUAAUUUCAGAUGUUAUCUAUAAAUCAUUACCAAACCCACCGCCAAUUAAGCGGGAAGUGAAAAUGAAAGCUGCUGGAAAAGACAUGGCAAUGUCUGGCUAUGUAGUAGGUCCUGUAAAAUUGCAGAUAGGAUCCAAAUCUUACACAGAAGACAUAAAUGUAGCUCCCAUAGAACAAGACAUGCUGUUAGGUUUCGAUAUACUGCACAAAGAUAAGGCUGUAUUAGACAUGGGUAAAGGUACCUUAUCAUUUUAUGGGAUGACUUUGAAGUUAAAUGAGGCAAGCCUAGAUACAAAUGAGAUGCCAAGCAUUGCUAGGGUAACAGUAUGCAAAAGACAAGUGUUACCACCACACUCUGUAGCUAAAAUUCAGUGUCGUAUGGACUUAAACUUACCAGACUAUGUUAUCGAACCAGAAGAAAACAUAAAAGCCAAGUUUUUAUCUCCGAAAGUGGUAAGAAGCUCAGGAACUAAACCCAUCAUGUGUCUUUUAAAUACAAGUGAUAGAUAUAGAGUGCUGAAAAAAGGUGAAAACAUAGGCAAUGCUUAUGUCAUACAAGAUUUUUUCAGAUCCAAUGACUCUGGUAUCACUUCACAGGUAGAAAGAGUGUCACAGGUGGAACUUGAUCCAGUUACAUCUGAAACAGACCCGUUGAAACAUCUACCCAAUCACUUGCAACAAGUUUUCACUGAAUCUAGUGAAAAUUUAGAAGAAGAUCAGAAGGUAAGCUAUGCAAAGAUUCUAAUAGAAUACCAAGAUGUAUUUGCUAAGAAUGACUUUGAUCUAGGCAACUUUACAGCUAUAGAACAUACUAUAGAUACAGGUGAUGCAAAACCUAUCAAACAGAGAAUGCGGAAAACCCCUGCAUGUUUUUCUGGUGAGGAAGAAGCUCACUUAGAAAAAAUGUUACAAGCAGGAGUUAUACAAGAGUCAACAUCAGAUUGGGCAUCUGCACCAGUGCUUAACCGGAAAAGUGCUUAA